ACCAGAGAGGGAGGGGUAAAAGGCGGUAACCGACUUUCUGAGAGCUUACUUGGUCCUUGUCUGCGAACGGAGUUGCAGUGCCUUUUGCUGCCAGGCUUCCGCAUCUUGGCAGCAGUGUUCCGGACGAGCCCGCGCUCGUUGUGAAGACGGGCCCACGUUCUCGUGAAACCAGUGUCUUCAAGGGUACGAGGGUAACUGCACAAAGUGAUGGAGGAGGAUCUGAUGGUCGCGCUGCGACUGCAGGAGGAGUGGGACGCGCGGGCCGCCAUGCGUGCAGCGCAGGAGACCCUGUCGCUGGUGGACGCGUCCUGGGAGCUGGUGGACCCCACCCCAGACCUACAGGCCCUAUUCGUCCAAUUCAACGACAGCUUUUUCUGGGGCCAGCUGGAAGCGGUGGAGGUGAAGUGGAGCGCGCGCAUGACGUUGUGUGCUGGGAUUUGCUGCUAUGAAGGCAGUGGUGGAAUGUGUUCCAUCCGUAUCAGUGAACCCCUUUUAAAGUUCAGACCAAGGAAAGAUCUUGUAGAGACCCUCUUACAUGAAAUGAUACAUGCCUAUUUAUUUAUCACUAACAAUGACAAAGACCGGGAAGGACAUGGUCCAGAAUUUUGUAAACAUAUGCAUCGCAUCAACCGCCUGACUGGAGCUAAUAUUACGGUGUAUCACACGUUUCACGAUGAAGUGGAAGAGUACCGCCGACACUGGUGGCGCUGCAAUGGGCCGUGUCAGUAUAAACAGCCGUAUUACGGCUAUGUCAAACGCGCCACCAACCGGGUACCCUCUGCACAUGACUACUGGUGGGCUGAGCACCAGAAAACCUGUGGAGGCACUUUCAUAAAAAUCAAGGAACCAGAGAAUUACUCAAGAAAAGGAAAAGGAAAGACAAAACCGCAAAAGCAGCCCCUAUCAACAGUGGAGAAUAAAGAUAACCCCAGCAGAGGUGACGCUCAGCCGAUAAUCCCUUUCAGUGGGAAAGGGUACGUUCUGGGAGAAGUGAGGAGUCCAUCUUCAUCUGGAAAGUCGAUUGGUUCACAUGCCAUCAGUGAAUCCCAAGGCUUUUUAAGUCAGGACCAUUCAGAUGCUGUAAGACCUGAUUGUAGCACAGAGGCAAAAUUCAAACAGAGUAGUUCAAGUAAAAAAUCUCAUCUAUUCCCUCCUGUGCACCAAAGUGUCCUAAGCAGUUACUUUCCCAGAGUCUCAGUUGCCAACCAAAAGGCUUUCAGAAGUGUGAGUGAAUCCCUGUCGAAAAAUGGGACGGUUGGUGACAGCACCAAACACUCAGUCUCUCCUGGUUCUCAAAGGAGGGUUCCCUCUUCUAAGACAUCACUGAGAAACCCCUCCAAAGUGAUGGCGUCAGCAUCCAUAACUGCCUCCCAGUGUGGGAGUGGGUCCAAAGACAAGUUCCCAGGCAAACGACCCCGGUUAGAAGACAAGAGCACGUUUGACACCUUUUUGAUGAAGGAGCAAGUACCAAGUGAUGGCAGAGAGCCAGACAGUACUUCACACUCUGCAGCUGCAGCCGAGAGUUCCAGCAGCUCGUGCAGUCAGAGCCAGUGGGUCAGCUGUCCGGUGUGUCAGAGUGAAGUGGCAGAGUCACAGAUUAACGAGCACCUGGACCAGUGCCUAGAAGGUAGUACUGUCGGUGGCAAAAGCUGAGGAGUCUGAAAAACAAACAAAUCUCACCAGCUGCCUGUAUUUUCUCACAAGGAAAUCAAACAAAUGGCCAACUGGUAGAGAAGUUCUGGUUGACUCUAAGUCCGAGGGUCCGGAUGUAGUUCACACAGUGAGCACAAGAUUUUAUUUAUACAUACGGGAGAUUAUAGUUGACAGUGUUUACAUCUCCAGCUGGGCAUGGUGGCACUCCGGAGGUCCUAGUUACCAAGGAGGCUGCGGUGGGAGGAUUGCUUAAGCUCAUGAUUUUGGGGUCAGCCUGAGCAACAUAAACCCCAUUAAAAAAAAUUUCUUUUUAACAUCUCAGGGUGCUAUAUUCCCUCUUGGCUUACUUUCACUGUAGGCCAGGAUUCUGCAUGGAUAAUUUUAGGUACUUUUAUUCUUUCUUGCUCUUGAAAGUCUUUAAAACCAUUAAUCUUUUUAUUUGUGUAAUUUUUAUCAGGAAUCUUGUCAGGUAUUUGAUUAAGUUGAAUAUGUCUUUAUUAAAACACAUUCCCUGGACUGAUGUUUAUCUUCACGGUAACACUUAGCAAAAGCAAUUUGCAGUACAAAAUGGAGCAGUUCUUUUAAGAGUAUGCAAAGUUUUUGUUUUUCUGAUUUUUUCCCCCACAUUUAUUUAAGGAAUAAAUUGUCAAUUUUUAAAAGAAUUUUCUUUGUUCCAACUUUGAGAUGGCAGCAAAUUUUAGGGUAAAAUACAUAAGGAAUGUACAUUAGUAAAAUAAGUGCAUUUCUUUUGUUGUAUUUCUAAUGACAGGCAGCCGUUACAAUUCUGUAGGCCACAUUUUGUGUUUAAUUUUCUACUCAGUACUAUAUUUAGCAAAGUGAGUGGUUAAAGCUCAGUGCUGGCAACUAACUGGUAUGUGUAAUGUAAAGUUGCCUAUUUCAUAGGAGUUAAAAUAUCUGCCAGUUUUAGACUUUCAGCCAACCAUUAUAAUAAAA